AUGGAGCCUCCACCUAUGAUCUUGCCGAAGGGCAUUGUUUUCAACAUCGAUCGUGUCUAUAAGGAGGUAGCCGCCUAUCCUGUCGUCCCCCCGGAGAAGAUCUACGAAUAUUGGCACGUUUAUACCACUACUUUUGGCAAAUUAAAAGAUCCCACUGCCAGCCGCCUUGAAAACUUCUGGUGGCAUGUCUUGGGUAGCGACAGACGGUCUCUCUCUGGAGCGACGCUUGCUAGGCUCUUUGAGCACAUAUCGAAUGGUCCAACAUUCGUCCGUUUGAAGGGCCCACCCAACCGAUAUGAAGGUCCAUCGUCUCCUUCUACGGCGGAUAAGAGUGCUGUUCCAUCAUCCAAGGGGCAUCAACCUGACUCCCAGCAGCAUGAUGAUGACAACCCCCUGGAAAUGACGGGGUCAAUGAGACCCAUUCAAUCCUCUUCGUCUAAACCUCCUCCAGCGCAUCCUAUCCUGAAGAAGCCUAGAGGUCCCUCUACAUCCGGGCCCCGACCUACUGCUCGUUUCGUAUCACCUCAUCAGUCAGAAGCAGAGGACGAUGAGAAAGAAAGUUCAGCAGACUCGUCGACCAGUGCUGCGGGUAGGGAGGAUGAUGCUGGGAAACGCACAAGCAACAGUGCCCCUGCCAAAGAGAAGCAGAAGAAAUCAUCUCUCAGCGUUCCGAAGAAGAAGGCCUUUGUAGCAUCGUCGUCGUCAAAAAGGAGACCGGCUAUGCCUAGACGCCAAAGCUCUCAAUCUUCGGCAACUGGGUCAGAAGUUGGAUCUCGAGAAGAACGCCCUUCGUUGACCACGAGAUUUUCUGGAUCGCAACGACCUGUAUCUCCAAUCGCCGAGAAGCCACAUCAACGGAACACUAGUAAAUCUCGCGAUAGCGAUGGAAGUCAAAGUGCCAAAGCUGCCGGGAAACGCCCGGCGGGAAAGGUUGCUGCUGCUCAACCGACUCCUCCGCGACCGACUAGCACCCAAGCUACCAGCACGUCGGAUCGGCCGGCCGUGGUUCUUGACAGUGAACGAAACAUCACGCCACCGAGGGGGUCGCCCAACGCCGCGCCACGUGAGAAGGGAAAGGAGCCGUUGCACGCCGUGAGCGGUGCCAGGGAUGAGGUCUGGGCACCUCACAGACGGAGCGAUGCCCAGGAGCGUAUACGGCCAGAGCCUGUACCACCGAGUAUGGCUCGUUCUCGGUCUGAUGUCGGGUCUUUCCGAGGUGGAGAAAUGAAGAAUCCGCGGAGAGUCCCUCCACAAGGUCUUACAUCAACAAGUACAGCGACGACCUCUAAUGUUGCCGCCCAGGGAACUAUCAUUGAAUUCGACGACAACGCCCCGGCCAGAGCCGUUGCAAGCGCUAUACAUGAGCAACAAGAUUCACCAGAGAUGGGUCUGCGCCGAUCUGGGUCUACAGUCACGCUGACACCCACUGCUCCUAGCAAAUCUCCAGCAGUCCCGCUUGGCCGAUCAAAGAGCCAGCUCACAUUACUUCUCGAACGCCAGGGGGAGAAGAAGCCCCGACGAUGA